AUGAAGUCUGCCAGCAGACUAUUCUUCCUCUCUGUAUUUGCACUCUGGGGCUCUCCAGUCCAAUGCGAAAGCGCCCAAGAUGAUUGUGCGAUCUCCCCCAAGGCUAUUGUUUCCGACGCAUGCGCCUCCUACUCUACUCUCGAUAAACUGAACACCAAGGUCAAGCCACUAGUCGACGACCUCACGAGAUCGACCGACUUCUUCUCACACUACCGACUGAACCUGUUCCACAAGAAGUGCCCUUUCUGGAACGACGAAAAUGGCAUGUGCGGCAACAUCGCCUGCGCCGUAGAGACGCUCGACAAUGAGGAGGAUAUCCCCGAGGUCUGGAGGGCAAGCGAGCUCGGAAAGCUGGAAGGCCCCCUGGCGAAACACCCUCCUCGGAAAGUGCAGCAUGAGCGCCCCGAGCGGCCGCUACAAGGAAAGCUAGGCGAAGAGGUCGGCGAGAGCUGUGUUGUGGAAUACGACGACGAAUGCGACGAGCGAGACUACUGCGUCCCUGAAGACGAGAGCGCAAGCUCCAAGGGCGACUACGUGAGCCUCAUCCGCAAUCCCGAACGAUUCACCGGAUACGCUGGCAUGGGUGCUGCCCAAGUCUGGGACGCCAUCUACCGCGAGAACUGCUUCCAGAAAAGCUCGUUCCCGCACUCGGCAUCAUUGGGACAGUCGCAGAUCCCCCACAAGGGCCCCGCGGCACAGGAUUUCCGUCAGGUUCUCGAGGCAGUCGGGCGCCAGCAGGCCCUGGAUCAGAUGCGCGAGACGCAGCCUAAUGCUCCGUUUGCAGCCCAGACUGGUCUUGAGGCCGGUGACGAGUGCUUGGAGAAGCGCGUCUUCUAUCGUGUCAUCUCCGGCAUGCACGCGAGCAUUAGCACCCACCUCUGCUGGGAUUUCCUCAACCAGACCACCGGUGAAUGGCAGCCCAACGUGGCAUGCUACCGCGGCCGCCUUCACACUCACCCCGAGCGAAUCAGCAACCUCUAUUUCAACUACGCCCUCGUCACCCGCGCCGUCGCCAAACUCGGUCCCUACCUACAGGGCCGCGACUACACCUUCUGUUCAGGUGACAUCGAUCAGGAUGCCGCGACGCGAUCCAAGGUCCUCGAGGUCACCGAAGGAGCGGCGAGCGUGCCCCAAAUCUUUGACGAAGGCCUCAUGUUUAAGAACGGUGAGGGUCCGUCGCUGAAGGAGGACUUCCGCAACCGCUUCCGCAAUGUCAGCCGCGUCAUGGACUGCGUCGGCUGCGACAAAUGCCGCCUCUGGGGCAAGCUGCAGACCAACGGCUACGGCACCGCCCUCAAGGUCCUCUUUGAGUUCGACAACGCCAGCGAGGAUAUCCCCGUCCUGAAGCGCACCGAGCUGGUCGCGCUGUUCAACACGUAUGCCCGGAUCAGCAGCUCUCUCGCGGCCAUUAACAAGUUCCGCGCGAUGGUUGAUUCCGAGGAGGCCCUCGCCGCCGCGUCCGCUGCUGCGGCGGCCAAGUCUCCAAGCCCGAUCCCCGACCGGGCCAAGAAGCCGCACAAUGUGGUGACUUCACCAGACGCUGAGCCCAAGAAGGCCGAUCCCGAGGAGGAGUACUGCGAGGACGAGCCUAUAGAGGAAGACGCAUUGGCGGACAUGUUUGACGAAGAGUUUGGCCGCAUUUACAAGGCCCUCAAGUUUGUGGUCCGCCGGUGGAUCGAGGCUCCCAAGACUAUCUUCAAUGUUCUCCUUUUCGAGCUGCUGCGAUUAUACCAGUACUUUAUCGGUCUGCCCGUCACGCCUAGAACCUGGCACUUUGAGCGCCCGGCCGUAGAUGAGCUGUAG